CCUCCUCCGCCCCAGGCAGCGGCCCGGGGAGUCGAGGAGCUGCGCAGGGGGGAGGGGAAGAGCGACACCCAUCCCCCUUCCGCCAGCCCACCCCGCGUUUGCGAUUCAGUUGCACCUUUUUAUUAUUUUAACUCUUCCCCCAGGACGAGCAGAUCCCCCGGAUCUGUCCCUCCGGCCCGGGCGGCCCCCGCUCCCGCGCGCAGGGAUGGCCGAGCAGCGAGCGACCUGCCGGCGGCGCGCGCUGCCAGGAGUGCCGCGCCGCUGCGCCCGCGGCCCCGACUCUGAGGAGGAGUGCAAGGAGAGCCAGAUCCGAGGCAGGUGCAUAGGCUGGCUAUGGUGACGGGACGAUGUUGGCCAGAAAGAGCAUCAUCCCCGAGGAGUAUGUGCUGGCUCGCAUCGCGGCCGAGAACCUGCGCAAGCCGCGCAUCCGAGACCGCCUCCCGAAAGCCCGCUUCAUCGCCAAGACCGGGGCCUGCAACCUGGCACACAAGAACAUCCGUGAGCAAGGACGCUUCCUGCAAGACAUCUUCACCACCUUGGUGGACCUGAAAUGGCGCCACACGCUGGUCAUCUUCACCAUGUCCUUCCUCUGCAGCUGGCUGCUCUUCGCUAUCAUGUGGUGGCUGGUGGCCUUUGCCCACGGGGACAUCUAUGCUUACAUGGAGAAAAGUGGAAUGGAGAAAAGUGCUUUGGAUUCCACCGUGUGUGUGACUAACGUCAGGUCUUUCACCUCUGCUUUUCUCUUCUCCAUUGAGGUUCAAGUGACCAUUGGAUUUGGAGGGAGAAUGAUGACAGAGGAAUGCCCUCUGGCCAUCACAGUUUUGAUUCUCCAGAACAUUGUGGGUCUGAUCAUCAAUGCGGUCAUGUUAGGCUGCAUUUUCAUGAAGACAGCUCAGGCCCACAGAAGGGCAGAAACUUUGAUUUUCAGCCGCCAUGCUGUGAUUGCCGUCCGAAAUGGCAAGCUGUGCUUCAUGUUCCGAGUAGGGGACCUGAGGAAAAGCAUGAUCAUUAGUGCCUCGGUGCGCAUCCAGGUGGUCAAGAAAACAACUACGCCGGAAGGGGAGGUGGUGCCUAUUCACCAACUGGAUAUCCCUGUCGAUAACCCCAUCGAGAGCAACAACAUUUUUCUGGUGGCCCCUUUGAUCAUCUGCCAUGUCAUUGACAAGCGCAGCCCCCUGUAUGAUAUCUCAGCAACUGACCUGGCCAACCAAGACCUGGAGGUCAUAGUCAUCCUGGAAGGAGUGGUUGAAACUACUGGCAUCACCACACAAGCACGAACCUCCUACAUUGCCGAGGAGAUCCAGUGGGGCCACCGCUUUGUGUCUAUCGUGACCGAGGAGGAGGGAGUGUAUUCUGUGGAUUACUCCAAAUUUGGCAACACUGUCAAAGUAGCCGCUCCUCGGUGCAGUGCCCGAGAGCUGGAUGAGAAGCCUUCCAUCCUUAUUCAGACCCUCCAAAAGAGUGAACUGUCCCAUCAGAAUUCUCUGAGGAAGCGCAAUUCCAUGCGAAGAAACAAUUCCAUGAGGAGGAAUAACUCUAUCCGAAGGAACAACUCUUCCCUUAUCGUGCCCAAGGUGCAAUUUAUGACUCCAGAAGGAAAUCAAAACACAUCAGAGUCAUGACAGCAAGAUACUCCUAGACAGUCUUUUAUCAAGUUUUGAUGGUUUAUGCCUGACGCAGUCAGACCGAACCAGAGCUGGAACACAAUAAUUUGUCCUUCUAUAUUUUAUUACACUAAAUGAUAUUCAUAUUCAAGCAACAGCACUUUCUAUAGUAAUAAACAAUAAUACACAAAGUGAAGGAUUCAUGGCUUGUACUUGUUUUAUGCAUGCAGAAUUCACAGUGAUAUGCUUAAAUUAUGUAUAGGAAGUGGUGUGUGCUUGUAUAUUUCCAUUGUAAACACAAGAAUUACAUUGAUAGUCGUAGACAUUUAAUGCAAAAUUUGGCCAAGGAAUGAGUCUGUUUGAAAUGCUUAGUUAGUGAAACCAGAGAUCUCUCUGUUUCUAUUGUUUAUUCACUAGAAAUGCAAAUAGAAUAGGAUGGAAAACCAAAAUGAUCAUAACACCUUUUGCAUAUCAAACCUCUCCUUUCUCUAUGAUACCACACCUGGUAGGAAGCCUGAGACAAAACCCGCUUAGAUCAAUGUGUUUCUAAUUGGAUUCAUUUCAUUCACUUGGUCCUUCAUGAUGACUUGCAGAGGUUCCCUGGUCCUCCAUAUGCUGCCUGUUGAGCAGAACUGGACAAGGAGUCUUUGGACGAAAGCUAAGUCCUGUCUCAUUUAGGACUGGGUCCCCAACAGUGACAGUCACCUCUUUCAACUUCUCACAUUUUAAUAGUCCCCACAGGGAAAUACUAUAUUGAGUAUUUUAUUGAAACAUUUUCUUUGUA